AUGAUGCAACAACAACAACAAACUAUAUUACCUUCUAGCUAUCCUGCAGCAUUUUAUGAAGAUUUUACCUCAAGAGUAUGGUGUACCUACCGACACAAUUUUCCACAAAUAAAACCAACUACUUAUACAAAUGAUGGUGGUUGGGGCUGUAUGUUGAGAUCUAGUCAAUCUUUACUUGCGAAUGCUUUAUUCAUUCAAUUUUUAGGAAGAGACUGGCGUAGAGUACAUAAAGGAGAGAAAACUUGGGAUAAAUAUGUAGAGAUUAUAAGAUGGUUUGUAGAUGAUAUGUCAUCAAAUUGUCCUUUUUCUGUUCACCGUAUUGCUUUAUUAGGCAAACAACUUGGGAAGAAUAUUGGUGAAUGGUUUGGUCCAUAUAUAGCUUCUCAAGUUGUAAAAGCAUUGGUAGAAAAUUUUUCAGAUGCACAAUUAAAUGUAUACAUAGCUACUGACGGAGUAGUAUAUAAAAAUGAUGUUUACAAAACAGCCCAAAAUAAUCUUUUAAAUAAAGAUUUUCAAUCAAUAUUGAUUUUGAUAUCCAUUAGAUUAGGAAUAAACAAUUUAAAUCCCAUAUACAAUGAGGCUCUUAAGUCAUAUUUACAGUUUCCACAAAGUGUUGGAAUAGCAGGUGGGAAACCAUCAUCAUCUUAUUACUUUAUUGGAUCACAAGGCGAUGAAUUUUUUUAUCUUGAUCCACAUUAUUCUAGAGCAGCAUUAGAAUUAAAAUCAAUUGAUGAAUUCACAGAAGAAGAAAUGUCUACUUAUCAUUGUGAGACAUUGCGUAAAAUUCCAAUUUCACAAUUGGAUCCAUCUAUGAUACUUGGAUUUUAUUGUAGAAAUAGUGAAGAAUUUGAAGACUUUUGUCAAAGAAUUGAAAAGGCUGCAUUUUCUAUUGCUCAGGAAGCUCCAGUAUAUGAUUUUGAUGAUGUAGAUAUUUUGUCAGAUGAGGAUGACGACUUUGAUAAAUUAAAAGAUGAAGAAUUAAAAAAAGGAAAAGAUGAUAAUAAUUUAGAUGAUGAUUUAGAUGAUUUUUAA